AUGGGUACACCGGAUUCGUGGGUCGCGCCCUCUGACCACGCAAACCGGCCUGUGGCGGUAAUAGGUGCAGGCGUCCUGGGCCGUCGCAUCGGUAAGUUUGCACUUUCAGUACUCAAAAGCCAUGUUGACGGGUGCAGCAUGUUGCUGGGCGGCUGGUGGGUAUACAGUGCACUUGUACGAUCCGGACGAGAAACAGCGCAGCGACGCCGAGCUCUACUUCCACGAGAACAAAGCCGCAUACCGACGAGACGCCUCGAGACCGAUCGGACAGCUCAUUUCUCAUACCGUCCUGGAUUCUGCAGUGUGCAAUGCGUGGCAUGUAAUCGAAUGUGUGCCGGAAGUCCUGCACAUCAAGCAAGAGGUCUUCGCCAGGCUGGAGAAACUCGUCGCGCGGGAUAGCAUCCUGGCGACCAAUUCUUCUUCGUAUCGGUCCUCCCUUGUCGUGGGCCACCUAGAUUCUGCGACGAAAUGUCGCGCGCUGAAUACGCACUACUACAUGCCCCCGUAUGUGCGCGCCGUCGAACUUAUGACCAGCGGGACCACGGACAGCGAGUUAUUCGCGUAUUUGGCACAGCGCAUGGAGGAUGUCGGACUCAAGCCAUUCUUCGUGAAGAAGGAAUCUACCGGGUUUAUCCAAAACAGAGUGUGGGCUGCAAUUAAGCGGGAAAUGGUGCAGGUUGUUUCAGAGGGAGUGGCGGAUCCGAAGACAGCUGAUGACAUUUUUUUUGAAACGGUUGUGAUGCCAGGAUUGCGGCCUUUUGUGGCGAUGGAUCUUGUCGGACUUGAUACCGUUGUGAAGAUCGAGCAGCAUUAUGCGCAGGAGCGCAAGCUCCCGAUGGAGCACACCAUCGAGUUUUUAAAAAGAGAGUUCAUUGACAAGGGGAAGUUAGGACUCAAGAGUAGAGACGGCGGAUUCUACCCUCCGAAACAGGCUGCAGUCACAGGGCCCCGGCUCUUCGUUUGCGAGAACGGUCUGUCCGGACAGGUCGAUAACCUUGAGACCGGUAAAGUAUUGGAGUAUUCCGCUGCUGGCCAGUUUCAACGGACGAUAUUCGAGAAUCAGUACUUGCCAGAUGGGAUCGUUGUGCUGAAGGAAGAAGGAAUGAUGUUCUGGACUUGUAUGGGGUUCCCCGGGCAGGAUGACGGUAUGGUGUACUCCGCGCGUUUGGACGGCACCAGUCUCAGGCCUAUCGUCUCCAAAGGGACGAUGAACACACCCAAGCAGAUAGCGCUUGAUGAGGUCGACAAGAAACUGUACAUAGCCGAUCGCGAAGGCCUCGGUAUCUGGCGUUGCAACCUGGACGGCAGCAACCUGGAAAAAAUCAUCGAGACGGGAGAUAAGGACAAGAAAGAAGACCAGCGCGACGCCACAAGAUGGUGUGUGGGUAUCACUUUGUCGCACCGUCUCGGAAAGUUGUUUUGGACACAGAAAGGCGCGGCGAAGGGAUGGCAGGGACGCAUCUUUAGUGCUAACAUAGCCACGCCGCCCGGAGAGACUGCCACCAACAGGACAGACAAGGUCUGCCUUCUAGAAGGCCUUGCUGAACCAGUUGACCUGGAUUUUCAUGAAGAAUCGUCCAGCCUCUACUGGACAGACAGAGGAGAAAUGCCGUUCGGAAAUACGCUCAAUAAGCUCCCACUUGACAAACAUGGACAAGCCGUGAACGAAGAUUAUACCCCUUUGCUUAAGCACCAGAUCUUAGCGAGGAAGUUUCACGAGGCGAUAGGACUCAAGAUCGAUGCGCAGAACCAGCAUGUGUAUGUUGCUGAUCUGGGAGGCUCCAUAUGCAGGUGCAAUCUUGAUGGGAGCGAGAAGACGAGGUUGGUUUUUGAAGAGGGGAGAGCGUGGACUGGCAUAUCACUGGCUUAG